AUGCAGUCUUUCCGGAAAAUUUGGAAUAAACCUCGUCCGGAUGACUGGAUGCCAUUGGCCAGAUUCUACUACGCGGAUUCGGCACUGAACGAUAUCGGUAAGUUGUUCGCGAAAUUCUUUUGCAUGAUCGCGAUCAUGUCCAGCUGGCUAAACGUCCUUCCAUGUCCCUAUCCAUUAAUUAUAACGUCAAUUCUCCCAUUGAUUGCGGUUUUUGAAAGAAGAAAAAUGACCGAUAGGUAGCCGGAUAGAGUUGGUUGACGGAACAACAAUUAGAUUAGAGAAGCAGCAAGAUGGAAAACUAAUCCUAGAAUAUUUUUGCUUGCUGACUGACGUACACGGCCUCAGGCAUAGGAACUUCAUCUCGUCAAGAGGGGAGCUCAGUGCGGGACGCGAACAAUGACCGAAAGCGGCGGAUUGCGUGUUUGCACAAUCUCCGCCGCUCCUUCUCCAGUCGAAGCCAAUCAUUUUCGUAUUAUGAAAAGCCAUGACACGUUGAACAAAUUUCCGUAUUGGCCAGAAGAAAGCCUGGUUUAGAAGGGGGUUGCAUCACAUUAAUAAUCCAUUUUGUUUUUGCAAAAUCUUGGCAAACAGAUAAGGUAUCGGUAAAUACUUGGACUCCUCUCAUUUCUCACAAUAUUUCUAUUUACCUUGAAGAAACGGUCGUCGGCCGUCAAAAUGAUAGUGAGAAAGCCCAAAAAAUUGAGUGGUUUUGUUUUCAACGCGGCAGGGCAGAAAUGGGUCAAGUUCCACGUCAACUGUCGAAUGCAUUCCCUGUUUGGCAUCUUCUAGUCAUUAACUACCGGGCAGCCACACAUAUACACUGUACAAAAACAAAAUAGUACCUAUGAUAACACACAAUACACGUUUGUUUGGAAUUUCCUCAUUACGGGUUGCGUGCACGAUGAUGGCAGUUUGUCACAAAACAUGGGCAAAUGGCAGACUUUGGAAAAUUUUUAAUAAUCAGGAAGAAAACGGUUAACGUGCGAUAAUGUUUGAUGCCUUCGCAGCAAUAUAUGUACAUUUUUCAGCGAGUGAACUCGAUUCGUUCGAUGGAAGACGGGAUCCGGACCGAUGCAAUGCGCUCGUCACCAGACUUCGUGUUGCUCAAGAUCGAGUUUUGCAUAUCAUAAGUGAGUGAGCGACCAAAACAGGAACCCAAACCGCUCGCGUUUCCCAAGCAGCAUUCACGCUGUUCCGUUUCUUGUUUUUUGAACCGCUUUGUUGGAAGCAUGCAUCUGUGCGGUUCAGCGAACAAGUAGAGCAGAAACGGCGAGCAGAAAAGUGCACACCGGCAAACGAAUGACUCGUUAGCGCACGCGUACUUGAGCUGUCGUCACCAAUGCACUUUUUCAGAUAGAACUUCCUUGAAUCGAAUUGUGGCUUCCUUUCUUCGCUCACGAAUGUCUAAUGAAUGCACUUUCAUAGAACUCGAUGAAAGUGCAAGUUUCGCGCGAGAGUAGUUCUUAACUUUUGGACACAAACCUAUUUUCCCGGAAGAAAAAAGCGCGGAAUAGACUGGCGGCUACGAAGAACAUAAAUAUUUGUCGAGUUCUCAAGAUUUUUGACCACUAAGCGUCAGACAAACACUAUUUUUUGAAGAGAAAGAGACUUUGCGGCGCUUUACACACUAAUGAAAAAGAGGGAUAUUCGAAUAAUGUUUUAAAUUAUUUUCAGCCGAGAUGCUGGUACACUUGUAUCCGAGGGAACAAGACCGUGCUUGCCGUGACUUUCGCAUCAAAUUUCCCGAUGAGAUUCUGCACGACACACUGCCAGGACAGCUGUGGUUUGGCGCUGAGGUAUUGUUGUUGUUCUUAGGCUCAGAUAACUGCGUUGCAAAAUGACCAGUCUUCAAACUGAGAAAAAGCUUUGCUGCCAUCACUGGUAUGAAAAAGAAUGAAACUUGGAUUGCAGUGCCUGUCCGCCGGAUCCAACAUCAUCGAUCAUGAGACAGAGUCUGAUAUGAUUCGUCCACUUGCCAAAGAGGUGACAAAACAGCUCGAUCUGCUCAGAGAUCUGCUCAAGGUUCGUGAUUGACAACUGACAAAUAUGAUUUAACAAAAUUAUAAUUUCAGAAUCAGUCGCUGCGUGAUCCUUCAGCUUAUAAUCCAGUGAUCAAAGAGAAUUUGCUGAAAUUCGACAAACUCUUCGCAGAGUUCGAGUAUCAGUACGUCUCGGCGAUGGUUCCGGUCAAAUCGGUGAAGGAGCACGACUCACAGCUGGACGUCGCCGUUCUCUUCUCAGAAGUUUUGUCGUUGGCGCUCACGAAGGAUCUCAUCACACAAGACCUGAUUGACUACUGUGAUCCGUCCGUGAUGAUUGCCAUUCCAAGACUUGGCAUCGUCUGGGGGCUUCUUAUUUAUUCGAAAGGAGCACUGAACGUGGAUAUUCCUGCCGAGAAUCUGUCGGAAAUGUUCCGUCCGUUCUACUCGUUGCUUGUCAAAAUCCGCAACCUGCUGAGAAUUCUGACCCCUCAGGAACUGACCAAACUGGAGACAGUGCUUUGCAAAGGAGAAACUGUGGUUCCAGAGCACAGUUCCAGCACACUCACUAUGAGUGACUUCCGUACCAAUGCUACAGACGAGGAGAAGGCGAAGAAUAAUCAGAGAGUGUGGAUGUGCGACAUGACAUCGUCGGACAGCAUUAGCACACCGACGACGCCGGAUACUUCGUCUUUCCAGGACAUAUCUUCUAGUGAUUCCACUUCGAUGAACUCUUCUGGAAUGACUAGUCCCCACUUCGGAAGCGAGGAGAACAUCAGUCAGGUCGACAAGACGGAAGAAGAAGAAGAAGAAGUCGAAGAGGAAGUUGCUGGAAUCGGUUCUUCUGUUGCUGGGGCUGAUGUCGAAAUGUCAGAUGAGACAAUUGAGAGCGCUGAGGCACCGGAGAUAGCUCCAAAGGAAACUGAGCUCACGGCGGAAGGCGUCGAGGAGACCAACUCGGACAGCAGCAUGGAAAACCCGUCACUUCUGAAUGCGUCCGAGGAGAAGGAGAAGGACUCGGACUCUUGUUUGGAGCACAAAGAGUUUGAAAGAAACACAAAGACAAUCAUUCCUAUGCAAACCGAUCCGAGGUUCGUUGACCUAUGUAAUGAGAGAAUCGAUAACGGCAGAGACCAAACAUAAACAGAUAGAGGAAGUGUCAAGUCGCCAAACGCCAUUGACUUUCUUUCUAUCUCUUCUGCCCGAUUGCUUGUUUCCUUCACUCAGCCCUUUUCAUCUUUUCAUCUUUCAGAGCUCUAAUCGAUCCGAAGAACUUGCGCUCUCGUUUCCGAUCCUCCGAAGAUCUCGUCCAUCGUCUGUUCGUCUGCAUUGCCGGCGUGGCCGAUCAGCUUCAGACCAACUACUCGAGCGAGAUCCGCAAAGUGUUGAAGUUGAUUCUGCAGCCGUCCGAGAUUAUUCCUGUCUACGAGGUGGUGAGAGAUGGCCAAACGAUGAACACGUCUUAUCAAACUUUUCAGGUCAGCGCGCAAGAGGCCAAUUCUCAGACCGAAGGAGAAGAAACCGGCGUAGAAGCACAGGAAGCGCUUCCUCUUCCAGCAUUUAUGGGUAAGUAUGCAUGGCACCUCUAGAUGUAUGUCCCUCGUCAAAAUUACGUGAACCGUUUUGUGUCCCUUUAACUGAGAACGCGUAGCUAUUUAUUGAUUAGUUUACCCAGGUGUUCGUUGGGUUCCGGACGAGGACUGCGAGCAGUGCACCGCCUGCUCUAUGCCGUUCAACUUUGUCCGCCGACGUCAUCAUUGUCGCAACUGCGGACGCAUUUUCUGCCACAGAUGCUCUUGCAACUCGAUCAGCAUUCCGGAACACGGAUAUGACAGAAAGGUAGGAGAAAUUUUGGUUAGCAGCCAGGAAAAGUACAUUUUUUUCUUCAGGUUCGCGUCUGUAAUCUCUGCUAUGUGCACCGUCUCAAUCCAUUCGGCUGCAACGAUCAGAAUCAAGCCACUGAAAACGUGUCGGCUGUGAAUACGAUCAACGAAUCGGCCGGACAGCCCACUUCUGCAUCUUCCUAA